AUGCCCAUCACUCCGGAGAACGCCGUGCUGUUUCUUCCCAUCCUUUACCGGUGGCUCCAAAACCAUCUGAAGGAGGACGUGGAGGAGCCAGAACACAGACUUUGCCACUCUGCCAUUAAGAAGCUAAGGGAAUACAUCCAGCUCAACUUCCCAAUAGAGGAGGCCAAACUGCAACAUGGUACUUGUUUUGUGGAUAUGGAGAUCUGCACACUAUACCUGAGCAAGGAUCCAGGAAAGACAGAGGCGCUCGGCCUAAGUUUUGGGAACAUCCCUGCUCUGGGGGACUAUGGUGAAAAGAGGAGAGUGGGGAGGAAGAGGAAGGGGCAUAAGGGUCCUGUGCUGGACGUCGGAAGCAUCUGGGUCACUGACUUAAAGAAAAACAGCCCUGCGGGGAAAUGUGGAAAGGUUCGCUUGCGAGAUGAGAUCCUUUCGCUGAAUGGACAAUUGAUGGUCGGAGUCGAUAUCAGCGGUGCAAGGUAG